UGUAACGGUAACUUUUUUGUCGUUUUAUUUUGGCUAGGGUUUUGUGACGUUUAUGUAGAACACUGCACUACUCAGUACCCACUGACACAACACAAGUACUGACAUAGUGGUACGGUUAUGGUUGUUAGGUUAAUGAGUUCAUUUGUCUUGUCGUCCGUUAUUUUAUAGGUUAAACUCUGUGCCUACGUGGCCUAAACCUACUCUACUGUGUUUUUCUAGAUUGGUGAAUCGUACUAUUGCUAUUAGUUUUAAUUAUGGCCCCUAAAAAGAACUUGAUGGAACAUUACGAAGAUGGAACAUUAGAUCUUAGCUUAUCCAGUAUUCAAGAUAUCCCGGUACGGGACAUAGCUGCAAUACCAAAGGCUAUAAAUUUGGAUCUCUCCUGUAAUACUAUUGUGACUAUUCCUAAAUCAUUUGCCAGUUCUCUGACUCGUCUUGUGAAAUUGGACCUCAGCAAGAACCAGAUCACAGCGUUACCAGACAACUUUGGUUUGUUGGUUAACCUGAAACACCUGGACCUUGACAAUAACCGACUGGAAUCGCUGCCACUGAGUUUUGGCAAUCUGCGCUCACUGAGAUGGCUGGACCUGAAAUGUAAUCCCCUGAUGCCAAGGUUGGCACAGAUCGCUGGCCUUUGCCUGGACGCCAAGCAGUGUCAGGCAGCAGCUCGCAACGUAGUAGCAGCCCUACGCACCACACAGGAGCAGGUGGAGGCUGAGAUAAGCCGACUUAAAGAGGAGCAGUUAAAAAAAGAACAACUCAUUGAAGAAAAUUCUAAACGUGAGUCCAAAGAAAACCAGCCAUCAAAAAAGAAGAAGAAGAAAAAUAAUGCAGCGAACAAAAUAAGUAACUCAGAAUUAUCAAAUGGCUUGACACAUGUAGCUGAUGAGGUCAAGAAUGGAAACUCAGUGCAAGAAGGUACAAGCUGUAAAGUACCGCCAGUGCCUAAUAAAAAAAAUGCUCAAAAACAAGGUAUACUCAGAAAAGUGGGAAGACUGAUUGGCACGUUGACAAAGUUUCUGGUGAUGAGCUCACUUAUUGUUGUCCUCUGUGGGUUCCUGCUAUCUCUACUUGACGAGGAUCUCUACAUGGUGCUAAGGAAGAAGGUUACUGAUUGGAUACAGAAGAAUGUACCUAGACACUAUCUCAGGCAUUGGGACCACGGGAUAUUGGUGACAAAGCGGGCUAUGGAGAACUGGUCCGGACAACUGAUUGCUAUCUGUGUCUAUGGCUUUGGCCGGCUGCAGGAAUACUACGGAAUAAUCAGCAGUGACGAGACUGUUCAGCAGUACUUGGAGAGCAUUAAGAGCGGCUGGCACAUAACAUGGAUCUGGCUGAGCGAGACUUACGCAUCACUGCCCGUCUAUUUCAAUUCCGUCAAACAGUACAUAAUUGAACUCUCGGGAAACAAGUCAUAGACAGAGUUCGCACGAACGUUUAGGAUUAUUUUGCUAUACAGAAUUAUAAUACUAUUUUUAUAUUUAUACACGAUUUUGAUCACCUAUUUUGGGGAUUAGAGUCUGAAGAGUGACCAUUCACUCUGUACUGGGUCCAAAUGCGAUUGAUGUUUUGUAGAGAAGUCAUGUUAAUUUUGUAACAAAACUAGUGUUUAAAAAAAUCUAUGAUUAUGUAAGCUUUUAAAAAUUUGUUUGUUAUGAAUUGAUUAAAAGUGUAUAUUUGUUAUGAAUUGUUCGUUGUUACUUUUCGCCCAAUUGCUAUUUUCAAGCUUAUUCUUUUUAAAAAUUAAAGAAAUGUUAGUACUUUUAA